GGGUUUCUACAGGGUGGGGGCUAUUUUCUCUCUUUCCCCCUCUCUCUUUCUCUUUCUCUCUCUCCACGGGGUUGAGCCUUCUUCUCGUUUGCAGCCAUGGAGGCGGAAGGGAGCCAAGCGAUAUCUGGGAGCCCCAAUGACUCUCAGCACGACCCUGGUAAAAUGUUUAUUGGCGGCCUGAGUUGGCAAACAUCACCAGACAACCUUAGAGAUUAUUUUAGUAAAUUUGGAGACAUUAGAGAAUGUAUGGUCAUGCGAGACCCGACUACGAAGCGCUCCAGAGGCUUUGGUUUCGUUACAUUUGCUGAUCCGGCAAGCGUAGAUAAAGUAUUAGCUCAACCCCACCACGAAUUAGAUUCCAAGACGAUUGACCCUAAAGUUGCAUUUCCUCGACGAGCUCAACCUAAGAUGGUCACGAGAACAAAGAAAAUAUUUGUAGGUGGAUUAUCAGCUAAUACAGUAGUGGAAGAUGUAAAGCAAUACUUCGAACAGUUUGGCAAGGUAGAGGAUGCCAUGCUUAUGUUUGACAAGACUACCAACAGACAUAGAGGAUUUGGCUUUGUAACUUUUGAGAAUGAAGAUGUGGUGGAAAAAGUCUGUGAAAUCCAUUUUCAUGAAAUCAAUAAUAAAAUGGUGGAAUGUAAGAAAGCACAACCUAAAGAAGUGAUGUUUCCGCCAGGGACGAGAGGAAGGGCUCGUGGAUUACCAUAUACCAUGGAUGCUUUUAUGCUAGGGAUGGGAAUGUUGGGUUAUCCGAAUUUUGUCGCAACCUAUGGCCGAGGAUACCCUGGAUUUGCCCCCAGUUACAGUUAUCAGUUCCCAGUGCUUACCGUGGGAUCUUCAAUCAAACCCAGUUACCCAGCCCUAUUACCAUAUUUAAAUGCAAGUUUUCCGGCAGCAGCCUACGGACCAGUAGCAGCGGCAGUGGCAGCAGCAAGAGGAUCAGGUAGGGGGGGCCGUGGAAGAGGCGGCUACAUGGCAUACCUUCAGAAUGCAGGGCCAGGGAUCCCCGAUUACGGUUUCUAUUCUCCGCCCGGUGACCAACGGGCUCAAUUAUCCUACGCGGACUAUGGUUCCAUGGGGCCUCGGGUGGCUCAGAUGCUUCGUAGCGAGCACCCUGCUUCAGCGAGUAACUCCCCCCUUCACCACCUUCCCAGCCCGGAUCAAUUUAAAAGCCCAGUCUUGAAUAGCUACAGUGCUCAACCGAAUUUUGGCGCACCCGCUUCCCCGGCAGGCUCCAACCCAGCCCGGCCCGGAGGAUUCCCAGGGGCGAACAGCCCGGGUCCCGUUGCAGACCUCUACGGUACAGCCAGUCAAGACUCCGGUGUUGGUAACUACAUAAGUGCUGCCAGCCCCCAGCCAGGCUCCGGCUUUGGGCAUGGAAUUGCUGGGCCUUUGAUUGCAACGGCUUUUACAAAUGGAUACCAUUGAAACGUUACACAGGGUUGGUUGCCAUCUCACUUGGAGAGUAUAUCUGGAUGUCCAGGCAAGACAGGGCGAAGUUUCUGAAUGGUUCCAUGUUUAGGUGAUACAUCAUCAAUCAGACUUUGAGCAUUGCAUCAUCACCAAUAACCCACACAAACUGGAGGUGGCAUUCAGCGGACUUGGGUUGUCCACAAUCUCUAUCAUCUCACAAACCUGCUGUACUAUAUAGAACAACAGCUUUUUAAAGAAAAGAAUAUGUGUAUAUAUAUAUAAUCCAUUUUGUUCAUUUUAUUAUUUUUCUUGAUGUUUUUUCCCCUUUGAAAUCUAUUUUAAUCACUCUUUUGUAGUAUUUUGACAUAGGCUUGUAGUCACGUAGACCUACUACUUUGUGUAUUUAGAAAAAGCCUAACCAUAAUAUAACUGUUUAUAUAUUACGAGGAUUUAUUUUUUGGGGGCGGCUUUGCUUUUUAAUAACCUCCCACCCCUUUAUUUUGUUUUAUGUACUUUCGUCGCUUAAAAGAAGCUGAAGUGGUAACACGAUUCUCAGUUGACUGGUACCAAUUCUGAAGCUAAAAAAACUUUUUUCAGGUGGAAUUUAGCACACACUGAAUUUAGAAGUAGAGCAAGCAAGACAAGUGAGCGGACAUAUUCUAUUUAUGCUGUAUAGGGAAUGGGAGGCUGGCUCAGUAACAAGAUCUCUAGCAGUUCUUUGUAUUAGUUAACCUAAUUAUAUCUAUUUUCGGCAAUAAGGCAAGGACCACAAAGUUUUUUGUGCGUCCUUUUUCUAUAAGUGCAUUUUUUUUGUUGUUGAAAAAGAGGCGAUAUAAGGUUUUUUGAAAUUGUGAUUUCUGAAAAAUAAUAAUACUGUAAAUACAAUUCCAUUAACUUACAUAUAAACUAUUAAAAAAGAGAAAUGCAUAAUAUUUUUGUGAUGGAGUCAGACUAAGGCAGUUUCUGUACUGAACGGAAGAAAAAGACAAAGAUUAGGGGCCCCCGAUCUGCUGGAAGCUUCUCUUCUGCAAGUGCUUUGGCGUGAACAGAAGAGGCCCAAGGGCAGGGAACUGCCCUUCCUGGCUCCCGUUCAUCUCGCCAGCACAUGGAACGGCAAAGCUCCCAGUGGGUCGCACCCUGACAUUUUUAAACGUUUGAGAUCGACUGCCAGAGCUGGCCCAUAGCAGUUAGAUCAACACUGUUUAGCUUGCUCUGUAGGUGUUAGACCUUAUAACUGUACUAGCGUCAUACCAGCAUAUUAACUAGACAUCUGUGCACAGCUUAUAAAGUAACAGUCUAGUUACAUUUUUAAGUUAAGAAGGAGGAAAAAAACUGCUUUUCCCAAGAUUGAAAAAGCUACAAAUAUAAUAUUUAAGACGGUAUUUAAAAAUCCAAGCACACUUUUUUUAACCAUUCUUUAGAUCACCUGACUGACUGUCCAUCCAUUUCAGCCACCCUGACGCCUUCUAUAGCUCUCUGGCCAAGCGAGUCCACUUGGAAACUCCCACGCUGUGGGCAGGGGGUGCAAAUUAAGCCUUGCAUCUUCUCACCUCAUCCAUUCUUUCCUAUAUUAACAAAUUAGGGAAAGCAAAGGUUGUUUUUUUUUAAAAAAAAGAAAAUAUUGUUCUGAAUACCUCAGUGCUACAAGUUUAUCACCCUAGACGCAAGAGAAGAUUUAAUUUAUUGUAGAUGAAAACAGAUUUGAAAAAAAAAUGUAUAAAAAACAUCAUUGCACUGUGACUGGUAGGGAAAAACUGACAAUUUCCAAUUUGCACAUGUUUAAUGUUUGGCUGUUAUAUAUAUGGUCCUCUGCUGGGGAGGAGUCUUAUGAAGGAUAUUUUUUAAUUUAAUUUUUUAAAUAUGGGUCAAAUAGGCCAGCAACAGCAACUCGAAGUACAACACAGUAGGUGAUAUUACAAGCAUAACUAUAGUGUGGAUAUAUUCUUUUUUUUAACAUUAAUAUUGACAAGGUUUAUUAAUAUUUUUUUAAAUUGUUACGUUUAUAAAUUUGGUACUCUAGGUACAGCCAGAAUAAGACACUGAAUGCGACAUUUGUUAAGAGAAAAAAAAGCUGCUGCGCUCCUAUUUUUGUAAAACUUUACUAACAAGUAGGCUAACAUAGUUGUUCAAUAGACAAGUUAGAGCAAAGCAUCUUUGAACACUCACCGAGGCACCAUAAUGCUAACCGUAAGGAGGGGGGGGAGGGUCUUGUUUUUAAACAACAAAAAACAUGGGUUUCUUUGUUUGUUGUUGGUUUUGGGUUGUUUUUUGUUUGUUGGUUGGUUGUGUAAUGUCUUUGGUUGUACUAUUAUUAUUAUUAUUUUCUUAUUUCAAAACAACCAGGUUUAAAAGCCAGAAUGCUGGACGCUUUUUAAAAUGGAGACUUGAUCAAGUAGUACACUAAAUAAUAAUAAUACUAUUAAUAAUAAUAAAGAAAGAAAAGUAAUUAACUGCAAACCAAAUUCCCUGAGAGUCAAGUGUGUAAAAAAAAAGUCAGGGAAUUUUUUUUAUUACUCUUUAAUCAAUGUAGAUGACAUCAGAGUACCACCUAUCAGGGACGACCUCUCUGAAGGCUCCUUUCAAAUGAUGUAGAGUUCUCCCUCCCAGGAGCUCUGCGCAGCUCCCAUUCAUUUCAAUGGAGCUUUCCUGUGAGGAGUUCCCGGGAGCGUGUGCCUGUACUGUAUACUACCAUGUGUUCCUCCUCGUCAUUCAUUCCCUGUCACCUCAUAGCAGAUUAUUUGAUCAUUGUUGUAUGUUAAUAAUGUAUAAAAAUGACUAUCUUGUAAGAGUGCUGUCCUGAUGCUAGUGUAGUGACAAACCCCAACCCCUUCUCUUUUCUUCUCUUUCUUCCUCUUCUAGUACAUAUUGGUAGUUGUAUCGUAAUUAAGGUUAAAUACAUAGAUGUAGUUAUUCAGAUUUAGGACCAGUAAGGAUAGAACUUUCUCUUAUUUAAGACAAAACGAAAUGCUAAUAAUUUUGGGCAGGUGUUUUUUUAAAACUUAAAUUUUCUUUUUGUGUUUUUUUCUUUCUGCUGAUCUCAUGUGGUUUCAACUAACCAAAGGUCUCACAAUGUUAAAAAAAGAAGAAGAAGGAAAAAAAUGCUAGCAAAACCGCUGCGGCAUUUUAUAGAUUCCCCCACCCUUUGACUUUUAUAAAGAGGGUGUGCCAUACUACCUUAAAUGCUAACGCUAGAUAUGCAAAACUGGAUUUUUUUAAUUUAUUUUUUAAAAUAAAAAAAGAGGGAGGCAUGGUAUAAUAAAAUGAUUUUACUAAGAGAAAAAAUAUUUUUUUAAAAAAGAAUGCUCAGAAGAAAAAAAUUGAUAACCUGUGUGAAUAUGUUUUAGAUGUUUCUAUACCUUUUGAAAAGCCCCAGUGGCCCAUAGCACAACUUGUGUGGAACCUGGUAUGUUUCUGAAGUGGCUUCCUAGGCUAAGGUUCAUUUUAGUUCCCUCACUCAUCUAGAAAUCUGUUUCAGAGGAUUUGGGUUCCUUUGUUUGUUUUUGAAAACAAUUAAUUUAGCACAGAAGGCUCAGCUGCGUCAUUAUUUUAGUCAAGGUGAGCAGGCAAAAAGCCCCAUCUUCAGCAUCUCAUCAUUUUGUUCCAAACUUCCCCUUCCAAACAAUGCCUUGGAGUUAGCAAAAACCAAAAUGCAGGAGCAGAAUGGUGUAAACAGGGAUUGAAAAGCACCACUCAAGUACUGUGGUGGAUUCUUUACACACCUCCAUGGAGGAAGCAUUGGAAAAUGCUGCUUUGUGCCUCAAGUUAAAAGUUAAUUUUUAAAACAAUCUUGUGAAAAACCAGAGGCCAGGAAACUCUAUGAGAAAUUCUCUGCUUGUUUCCGUGGCGUCUGGAUGUCAAAAUUGAUCUAAAAGUUUGGAAAGAGCUUGGCAUGAAAUCCUGGCAUACUUUUCUUUUUUGCUACUGACUUGAACAGAGGGCCAGAAUUUCACUCACGGGAUAUUGGGAGUUUUUAAUUCACAUUGCCUGUUUCUCCUCCCACCGAAGGUGUGGAGAGGGGAAACAAAACACACCCCAUCCAAUCUUAACUUGAUUAAAAUGAAGAGCAACCUGUCCCUUUUUUGUUUCCUAUUCUACAUAAUGUUCAUUUUAAUUUGAAUUUGUAGCUUGGACUUUAAGGUAGCAUGGCUCUGUUGCUGUAAUUUUUUUCCCCUUGUACAGCAGUAUAUACACAAGCUGAUGAAUGUUACACAUCUUGCUAGGCUAGUUGAAUCAUUGGGUAAUUGUUGGUAAAUAAUAAUGACCUGAAAGGUGUACAGACUUUUUUUAAUUUUCUCUUCUCCAUCACCCCAGCUAUUAACCCUGUACGAUUCUUUCAAUCUUGAGUGUGAAUGAGGGCUAGGGACUCCAGCCACCAAACCACCCUGUUUCAUUUGCCAUCUAAUUCAAUGCAACAUAAAACAAAACUAAAGCAAUAUAGUUUUCCUACAUUUUUUUCUUGAAGGUCAGCCAUGGUUGUGUAAUAUAUAUAUUGCAUAUGAAAUUGUUUACAAAAAAAAAAUACUAACUACUUAUUUUUUACUCUUGGGUGUAUUUGUUUUGAAAGGUUUCCUUUUUGUUUUGUUUUGGGUUUUUUUCUGAAAAGCAAAAUGGUUGGAAGAGCAAACUGAAGCUAGUCUAACUAUGUUUUGAGUGACAGGGGGCCUUAGACACACUGGCAGAUUCCCAAAAAAUCUGCAUCAAUACACUGUAGAGUUUCAUAAAGUGCGCAGAAUCUAAUUCCAAUCCAUUUUCUCACUGUGUGCAAGCACUACAUGAGAUUCUGCAAGCUAAGCAAUACUUUAAUACUGUAAUAAAAAAAUUACCAAAAAAUAAAAGGAAUUCAAAAUCAAAGUGAUCUGUUUGCCAGUUACCAAACAAUCAGAAUGUAUUGUCUUGAUAGAAUUUUGUUUCAGACAAAAACAAACAAACAAAAAAAGAAGUCACCCGUGCUAUAGAAUAACCUGUGUUUGUACAUAUGCCAACACCACCACACAUGUGUGGGAUGUGAGUGUCAAUUGAAUUCUAGUGAUAGCAAAAUAAUCUCACUGUAUAUGUUGUACGUUUUGAAUUCCAUCAGUAAAUCCAAUGCAAAGUCUCAGCAUUUUCAGGUGGUUCUAAAUGUACUUAAUCAACAAUGACACAGUGGCCAGGCCUAGCCCCUUCCUUUUAUAUUUUAGUAUGAACUGAUGCGAACUUUGGUAGUGACUUUUUAUAUACAUAUAUAAAUAUAUAUAUACAUACAUAUAUAUAUAUACGUGUAUCUAUAUAUAUCAAGCAUCUUUCAGGUCUCUGUGUAUGGCUUUCCGAAGCCCUGUUGUAAAAAUAUACUACAUGGAUGGGGGUCUCUCACAUCACAGAUGUGGAAAGUAUAAUUUUAUAUUUGUAUUUUCAAAUAAAUAAGUUUGUGAAAGGUUUCCAUCCUCUACUGUGGUCCAGAAAAUCAAUGUGUUUGUCUCAGAAAAAAAUAAUAAAAAAAUCUGUUUUGAA